CCGUUCGGAUUAAAUAAAUUUCUAAAAGCUUCUUUCUUUUAUUCUUCAUCUCGUCGUCUCUGCUUAUUGAAUCCCCGGCGACAUUCCGGCGAAAGAAUUGGAGAAGAUGGGUCGAUACAAAGAUGAAACCCCAGCGGUUAGGGUUUAUACAGUUUGCGAUGAAUCAAGAUACAUGAUAGUACGUAAUGUCCCAGCUUUGGGUUGUGGUGAUGAUCUCAUGAGAUUAUUCAUGACUUAUGGAGAAGUUGAAGAAUGUAAACCUAUGGAUGCAGAAGACUGUGCGGAGUUCACGGAUGUCUACUGGAUCAAGUUUCGUCUCAUCACUAAUGCUAGAUUUGCAAAGAGGAAGUUGGAUGAAUCAAGUUUUUUGGGAAAUCGGCUCCAAAUUUCAUAUGCUCCUGAAUACGAAAAUGUAAAUGACACAAAGGAUAAGUUAGAAUCUAGAAGGAAAGAAGUGCUUGCAAGACUGAACCCCCAGAAAGAAAAGAGCACCUCCCAAGUUACAAAAUUGGCUGGACCAGCUUUGACCCAAACAGACAAUGUUUCCUCACAGCGGAGAGAGAUGGAGUACCAAUUCCAUAGAGGAAAUGCUCCUGUUACUCGAGUUUCAUCAGAUCAGGAGUAUUUUGCGUCAUCUUCAAUGAAUCAGACGGUUAAAACUGUGAGGGAGAAACUCAAUAAGAUUGAAGAAAGUGGUAACCAAAAGAGGUUACAACCAAGCAGCCAAACACAACCUGAAGAAAGUGGUAACCAAAAGAGGUUACAACCAAGCAGCCAAAUACAACCUGACUUGAAGAGAACCCGAGUGGAUAACCGAAGAAGAAUAUAACACACUUUUGUUUUGUUUCUGUUUUUUUUUUUUGGUAUUACUCAGCUAAUUGAAAACCUUGUUUACUACUUGAUCAUAUAAUAGUGCUCUUGCAAAUUGCAAGAUUGUGAAUAUUGUAAUUUAUGCCUAUCUUGAAAACUUGUUACAGUCCUGAAAUCAGUAACUUCUCUUUAUUUGUCCAAUCUCUAUUUACUGCUUUAAAAGCAAAUCAAACCAUCCAAACCAA